AUGAUACAAGAUACGGGCAGUGAUUGUCAUCAAGAAAGUCUGCGGAUACGGGACAACAUCAUCGCAUCUUUGAAAUCAUGGGAAUGCUACUACGGCACCAAGUACAGUGGCAACCCGAUCCCGGAUGUGGCGCAAAGUCCAGUGCUGUACUUUCAAAGCGCAUCUCAAAUACUCCGUGGCCUAGUAAACAUUCAACUACAAACGUGCGUUGCUGAUUUGCAAGAUGCUCUCGGAAAAGGCGGAGCAAAUGCUGUUGACGAAAGCCUGGGCCGACUUCGAGUCUACUUCACAAACGGAUACACCAACUGUGUUGGAGCACACCAAGAGUUGCCAUUUGAGUCUCUAGAUGCCUUCGCCAAAUCAGUCAUGGAAACUACAUCAAUCAUGAGCAAUCCGACACUACAGUCUGCCACACCUUAUAGCAUCUUUGGAAUCUUCCUAAAUCAUGUCUUGCAAUGGGCAUUUCUAAAAAGCAGCCCCGAAACAUUGAAGUCGCACCUUCGUGAGCAUCUCCGAGAUAUGGCUUUCUCAUAUCACGGACGGGGCAUGUCGGAGCUCAGUGGAAUACUUGAUUUCGGGCUCUCCUCAGCAAACCCGACAGUCGUGAACAGGGACAGAAGCCACUUAGUUCUCAUGCAAGCUGCGCAGAAUUUGGCGCUGCUUGGUACUUGGGGCGCAUCGUUGAAUCUGGCCCUUCUGCUUCAGUUGAGAGCGAAAACUUGA